AUGGCUACAGUCGUACAAGCAACGCCCACCAACCUGCUGGACUCGUUGAUCCGCCGGUAUCUCAAGGACGACCUCACUGUCCGUGACUACGUGCCCUUUGUUCUCGAGACCAUCACCCACCACCGUCUCUUGCACGACCGUAACGACCACCCUGACCCCACCACCGGACAGCAGUCGACCCAACAUCGUAUUUGGACCCAGCGUCUUCGUGCUCUCCUCGAGUCUCAGCAGCCCGGGGCCCGGUUCGCAGGGGUCUGCUUUGUUCGCAUUACCGCCCAGCAGAGCGCAUCCAUGUUCACGGAUCACGUCAGGUCUUGGGUCACUCUCCUCGUUGGCAUGCUCACGAAACACGAGAGUACAGCAAACUUGGAGGCGAUUAUCAACACAUUGUCAGAGCUGUUUGCAAAGACGGCCAAGAGACUUGAUCUGAAAAGUGAUGUCACAUCCAAGUACCUGCCUGACUUCCACAACCACAUCUUGAACCACAAGGACAAGAAGGAGCUCCUUCCUACAAUCUACAAGGCGCUCACGCAAUCCGUGACAUUGUUCCCUACAACUUUCCGUUUGGCAGUUGACAGGACUGAGGCUUUGUGCGUUGCUUACAUGGAUGGACGGUUCGACAUGGAGCCCGAGGUGAUCAAGGCAGCUGCGACCUGUUUCGCCGCACUGCACGCUGCAGGAGGCAAAAACCCCAACCAUCCCACAGAGAGAAUCACGCCCUCAGAGCAAUGGCGUAACAACGUUCAGGAAGUCAUCAAGGCCAUCCACAGAUGUUUGAACGAGUUGCUCACCACCGUUGACGAAGUAGACAAGGCGGAUCAAACAGAGAUGACUGGCAGGAACAAGUACUUGACAGGCAUGCCCGCACCUGCUAAGGAUGCGGUGGAGAGAUACCCUCAGCUGUUUGCACGAUUUGCCAGUCUGUCCAAGGUCUUGAUCGCGUGUUUGACAUGCCCCACCAAGGAUGCCGUGCAUUUGCCUCUCAACAGCCUUGUCGCCCUCUUGACUCGCGUCUACAACACCAACGCCAAGACGCCCAUGUCGGAUGCUCGUGGAAUUGACCAGCAGGAGUACUUUAUUUUGAUCGCUGGCAUCUCUUCAGUUCAUCUGACUGCCAACGAGGUCUUGAAGACUUUGCUGGCAACUGCGCAGGAUCAUCUGAUCCGCCACAUGUCCCACCUUGCCUCGAUCGCCAUCAAAUCGAUCCGUCAUUCGUCUGGAUCCAGCAGCAUUCUUCGCAGCUCGACCUACUCUGUGAUCGAGUCCUUUAUUCAGGCGUUCGGGAUCCCCUUUGUUAACAUGGUCCAGGUGCCCCUGAUGGCUGCCCUUCUGGAGGACUUGCGCAUGCCCUCUGCCCGCGUGGUCAACCCCCUCGAGAUUGGUGCUGGAGGAGCCAACCCCAACAGUCGUGCCAACAACCAUACCAACACCACUAAGCACAAGGGAGGCGCUGGAAAGAACCGUCGAGGCGGUAAUACCAACUACGCCAACCUUUCUGCCCUGAACCCACUGGAGGAGAUUGUCGGCGCCCAGGUGUUCACUGCCGCGCUGGACAUCUUGUCCCUGGUUCUCACAACUUCGGGACCUAACCUGUCCCCUCAUGCCCGUGCCGCUGCCGACACCUUGGUCGUCAGCCACCUGUUGAACAGCCAGCACCAUGCCAACCCCAUCGAGCAGUCCGAGACACCCUUCUAUACGACCAUGGUUCGCGCUCAGCUCUACAAGGCCCUGACAGCUUCAGUCUCAUCCCCUGGUGAGACCCAGUCGAGCUUGGUCCCACUUAGUGUGGGAAUCUUCAAGGCUGGUCUGAGUGAUCCUGAGAAGUUUGUGAGAGACAACUGUACGACAGCCUUGACGAUCUGUGACUUGGUGAUGCACAGCCGCAUGCCCCCCAUGCAGCGCGCUCGUACCAUUGCCAAGCCCUUGGCCAAGGGCGAGAAGCCUGUCCAGGAGGCUGGUACGACUCUCUUUGGAAAUUUUGAGGUUGCUGAGGCCAAGUCUUCUGCCAAAGUUGCCGCUGAUGAAGAUGAGGAGGAAGAGGAGAGUGAAGAUGAAAAAGAAGAGGAAAACGAGGAGGAGGAAGAGGAAGAGGAGGGUGAAGACGUAGAGAUGGAGCAGCUCAAAGAGGUGGACACCCCCUCUAUUACGGCCUCCAUGACAGCUUUCAAGGCUGCUGGAGCUGCUGCUAAGCCUGCCGCUACCACAACUACUACUGCCACCAGCAGCAGUACUGUCUCGGCACACAAGGAGGAAGGUGCUAAGAUCAGCUCAAACAGCAUAGAGGCGACCAAGACAGUGUCGUCGACAUCUGCGACGGCCGCUAUCACAGACGACGUGUCGUCGACAAAGACUACAACGACAACCAGCACAACGACAACUCUUUUGGCCAAGACCUCUUCCGUCUCUGCAUCGACACCGGCGCCAGCACCUGUUGCGGCCGUGACAGCAGCAGUGGCAGACGAUCUUGACGAUGAUGAGAUCCCAGACAUCAAUAUGGAUGACGAUGAUGACGACGAAGAUAUGGAUAGCGACUAG